UUGUCGCGCCCGUCCACCCUUUUUUUUCCCCCCGGCUUGGGCCCUUUCGGGAACGAGGGCGCGUCGACGGCGUGAGGAGAAGCCUGGCGUGUGCGAAACGUGCGGGCCAGACCCUCGAGGACUGCGGGUUUAUCUUGGUGUUUUUUUUUAAUGUGUUUCCGCAGAGAGAAACAUGGAGGCCGACUCCUCGCAAACGUCAAGUCAGAUGCACGCAGAUUCUUUGUCUCCAUCUCCUAAUGCUGUGUCGCCAGUGCCUUUAAAUAACCCCACAAGUGCUCCAAGAUUUGGAACAGUCAUUCCUAAUCGUAUCUUUGUUGGAGGAAUUGAUUUUAAGACUAAUGAGAAUGAUCUACGAAAGUUUUUUUCCCAGUAUGGCUGUGUAAAAGAAGUAAAAAUAGUAAAUGACAGAGCUGGAGUAUCAAAGGGGUAUGGUUUCAUCACAUUUGAAACUCAGGAAGAUGCACAAAAAAUUUUACAAGAGGCUGAAAAACUGAAUUACAAGGAUAAGAAACUGAAUAUUGGUCCAGCAAUAAGAAAGCAGCAAGUAGGGAUUCCUCGAUCAAGUAUAAUGCCAGCAGCUGGGACAAUGUAUUUAACAACAUCAACUGGAUAUCCGUACACAUAUCAUAAUGGAGUAGCUUAUUUUCAUGCUCCUGAAGUUGCUUCGGUUCCACAACCAUGGCCUUCACGUUCGAUAUCGACUUCCCCUGUGAUGGUAGCUCAGCCUGUUUAUCAGCAACCUACGUACCAUUAUCAGGCUCCUGCACAGUGUCUUCCAGGACAAUGGCAGUGGAGUAUACCACAGUCUCCUGCUUCUCCCACCUCAUUCUUCUAUCUGCAUCCUUCUGAAAUUACUUAUCAACCACUGGAAAUUGCACAAGAUGGUGGAUGUGUUCCUUCUCUUUCUCUGAUGGAAGCUGCAGUUCCAGAGCCAUAUUCUGAUCAUGGAGUUCAAGCAACGUAUCAUCAAAUUUAUGCACAGAGUGCCAUAGCUCUUCCAGCCCCUGUGAUGCAACCAGAGUCUGUUAAAGAAGCAAGAAUACAUUCUGUAAGAAGAAAUUUUUCUCAUCCUUCAUCUAUGACUUUAAAGCCUCGAUAUACCCGUAGUCCUCAUUUUCAUCCUAGAAGAGAUUAUAGAUCAGAUGACACAAUUCUCGCAACUUCCACUUCUACAGACUCUAUGAAAUAGAAAUUUAGGUAUCUCCCAAAUAACUAGUUUGUUAGAAUCAAAAAGGUAUGUAACUUGGUGGCACAUCACAUUUGUGGAGCACCGGUAAGUCAAAAUGUGCUUGCUUUUUGUAAGAAUUUUUUUUAAAACCCUACUUAUACAAACUUAAGUUUGUGAACAUAAAUUGCAGGAUAAAAUCAUGGUUUCCAUUAUCAUUUGGAAUACGUAUAUGGUAACACAGAUUUGUAAUUUGUAAUACAUAAA